CUUUUUUUCUCGUCACUACUCUGUUUAACUCUUUUGUACAUACAUACCUUACUGCUUUUUUUUUAUUUUAUUGCUGUAUUUAUUCCAACUGUAGAACAUAAAUAUGAAUAUUGUUGCCCCACGCCCCAAGAAAGCCACGCACUAUUACACCACUGUGAACACAGCGCCACACAAUACAUAUCCUAUGCGCAACACAAGCAGUCUUCAUAAUACCAACACCUAUAAGGAUGAGGAUGAAGAGGAAGCCUGUCAAGAACUUAGACAGAUUUUGGCUUCACAGUCUGUGAUGAUGGGCGAGCAAUGGAGCAGCAUCGCUCGAACAAACAACCCAUUACCCAACGACACUAGCUUUCUGCCUACCACCUUUAAACAAGCUGUUUCUCAGCAUUUAUCAACGACAACUACGAAUAGCAAUAACAGCGUUCUCUCAGAUGUGGCCAAUAAAAAUGGUCGUCAAAGAUCUUUCAGUGUGAACGAUUCUAGAAACUAUCCUUUCAAAUCCGUGAUCAGCCUUGUUCACUAAUGCUGACGUUAUGUAUAUAAAUAUUUCUUUUUUUUUUUUUUUU